AUGCGCGCUACCAACGUCUACCAGCGACACCAUGUCCUCUCACAUGCGCAAUAUCACCUCACAAUGUGCAUCAGGUGGUCCAAAGCUGAGGGCGGCGUGAUUCGCUGCUUCCGUGGCCAAGUUCCCCGCAUUGGAAGCCUGGUGGACGCAUCAGUGAAGCGGUGCGGGUGCUACGACCCAAUGUUCGCCGCGCAACACACAGACAAGCUCAAGGUUGUGGAUGGGUGUGAUCCCAAGGCCAGUGAGUGCAAGACAAGCAUCAAGGACGCAAAGGAGAACCACUUGAAGAAUCAACCACACUUGAAGCAGCGUGCACACAUGCACCACCACAACCAUUGACGUGUGCUCAACACAUCAUCGCGCAACGGCCUGGCCUCGUCUGUUGUUAUCGUUCACAACCCACGCGCCCGAACACGCACACGCAUACCUGCGCACAUCAGAAACAACCCCCUUUACUUCAUUUCAAAUGUCACAUGCGAGACAGACACGGUUACAUUCGGGCGAAGAGCACGUAAAACCAAACCAGUGGCACA